UCAGAUAAUCGUCACUGGGUGUUGACCGUGAGCGGGAAUCGGACUCGGGUAUCCACACAGACACAGACACACACACACUACACACACACAGACAGACACACACAGACACACACUACACACACACAGACAGACACACACAGACACACAGAUACACACACACAGACAGACACACACAGACACACACUACACACACACAGACAGACACACACAGACACACACACAGAUACACAGACAGACAGACACACACAGACACACAGACACACAGAUACACAGACACACACACACAGACACAAACACUACGCACACACACAGACACACACACACAGACACACACACUACGCACACACACAGACACACACACAGACUACAGUGCGCGCAGUCGUGACAGCAACAUCCGUGCAGUCGCUCCACUCGGCGCGCUACAAACCAUUCAGCACACACACACACAGUAACACACAGUAACACAGUGACACACACACACUAACACACACACAGACACACACUCACGUACAGUGGAGACACACACAGACACACACCAAAGACUGCGCAAGGGUCCGGGGAAAAAUGGCCAGGCCGCUGAGUGUGAGCUGCUUUCCAAGUUGAGAGGUAUUUUGGCGGAGGCCUUUGAAGGUCGCUGGAGGAUUUGCACCCCCCCACUCUCCUCUUGGGUUCCCUCCUCCAGCUGAAAUCACUGCACAGGCACCACCUGCCACCAGAGAAAGGGGAUGGCACUGCUCAGCUACACGUGGUUGCUGCUGAAGAUGUGCCUGCGCUUUGGCAUCAUGGUGAUCAACAACCUGGUGGCCAUCCCAUCCUACCUGCUCUACCUGCUGGCGCUGCUGCCUCUGCGCCUGUGCCGCCCGCGCCUCUUUUGGGAGCUCGAGGGCGUCAUGUUCAAGUGGCUCCUCGCCAUCGUGGCCUCCUGGGGCUGGGUGGCUGGAUACACAGUGGUGGAGUGGGGCGCGGACGUGGCUGCCAUUGCCGAGGACCAGGCGCUCGUCAUGGUGAACCACCAGUCGACGGGCGACAUCUGCACCCUCAUGAUGUGCCUGCAAGACAAAGGGACCACGAUUAGGCACAUAAUGUGGGUAAUGGAGCACAUAUUUAAGUUCACCAACUUCGGAUUGGUGUCUUGGGUGCAUGGGGAUUUCUUCAUCAAGCAGGGCAAGGCGCACCGCGAGCACCAAGUGGAGCUACUGCGGCACCACCUGGGCCGCGUGUUCAGGCCCCGCGCGCGCCGCUGGCUCGUCCUCUUCCCCGAGGGCGGCUUCCUACGCAAGCGACGCGAGACGAGCCAGCGCUACGCCACGCGCCUCGGCCUGCCCGCGCUGCGCCACGUCACGCUGCCGCGGCUGGGCGCUGCCCACGCCGUGCUGCACACGCUCUCGCGGCCGCGCCCCGCGGCGGCGGCGGCGGCGCAGGGCGCGACGCCCGCUAGCUCCUGCCUCAACGGGGGCGCGUGGGAGACGCCCAAGGACGGCGCCCGCGGCGAUGCUCGGGGCGCGACGGAGGCCGGCAUGCGGUGGGUGAUCGACGUGACCAUCGCGUACCCCAAUGCGGAUCCCAUGGACAUCCAGACGUGGGUUCUCGGCUACCGGCCCCCGAUAACCACGCACGUGCACUACAGGCUUUACCCGGUGAGCGAGGUCCCGCUUGAGAUGGAGGCCCUCACCAAGUGGAUGUACCAGCGCUUCAUUGAGAAGGAGCACCUCCUCGACUACUUCUAUACGACCGGAGCGUUCCCCGCGCAAGCCGGUGAGACCGGGGAUGCCCCAUCGCGAGCCAUGGUCCUCGACCCCUGGUGGCUGCUCAUGUGUCAGCUGUGGUGCUUUCUCUCCGGCUACAUGUGGUUCAGCCUCCUGCGUUACAUCUGCUACGGCUUCAUCUUAUAGAGCCCCGGGACUCUUUGCUCGCUCGCGCACGCGCCAGACGGGCCGGCCGCAGCGACGGUGGGCAAGACGGCGACGACGACGACAUCAGCAGCAGCAGCAAACACAGCAGCCGUGAAAACCUGGCUCUGGAACUGACCAUGUCGCUGCAAUAAAUACCCGGAGUAGAUGGACAAAGUGUGUGUGGCAGAGGAUCGCUGCAUCUUUGGGGCAAGUGCCACUGCCGAGCGUUUGCUUUCCGUGGAUUGGACCAACGGCGCUCGAAAGCUGCAUUUGAAUUCCUCAGUGUUGGCAUUGCCACGAUCGGAAGGUCCGUUUUCUUAAUUUCAGACCAAGCCUGGCAAUUUCUGGGUGAAAACCCGCUCCUCCACGCGGGAAGUGUGAAUUUGCCCAGCCGGGAGUGGUGGGAGCGUGCAAAUGAGAGCCCAAACCUGGACCUUCGUGGCUGCCAGUGAAAACAAUGCUUGUACCGCCCCACUGCUGCCCCCCCACUUCCUACCCUGAAGAAGAAAAUGAAGCCAGUAAUUUAAAUAUAAUUUGAAAUUUUUCUUUUUCUGUGUCAAAAUGAAAAGGGUGUGAAGUUACAAAAAGGUCUCUUCCGUCGUAAGCUGAAAAGGUCGCAUGAAGCCCAGAGAGUGAUGUACGGUUGCGUGUGUGUGUGGUGUACGGACGAGUGUGUGUGUGGUGUACGGAUGAGUGUGUGCGUGGUCUAUUGAUGCUUGUGUGCGUGGUGUUUGGACGCGCGUGUCCGUGGUGUAAGGAUGCAUGUGUGUGCGUACGUGUGCGUGUGCGUGCUCACUGCGUGGGGAGUGGGAGUGUAGUGGUUAGCACCACUGCGCUAUGAACCAGGCACUAGAGAGUACUUUGUGUGUGGAGACCUGGAGUGGCGUUCUGCUUCUCUGUGCUCUUGCGCUCGUGGCGUCCCAGCGGUGCAGAAUGAGUUCGGCGGAUACAACAUUGAUUUUCGCAUUUAACAGGGUCCCAUGGUUUAGACAGAGUGCCCUUGCCAAUCACAUCUGGUAACCUCCAGCAGUUUAAUAAGCCUGACCCUGCUGAUGAGACCGAGCGGGUCGAAACUAGCCCAGAGUUGUCUUUGCUUAAACGUAGUGCUACUGGAUAAGAUUUGGUCUGGAAAGCCAAUCGGCCGAUGGACUUGGGACUGCAUCUGAAUGGGGAGAUGAGACCAAGCGGAGUUGUGCUUAUUUGUACUUUUGUUCUUUGUAGCAACCCGUUAGAGUGGUCAUCCUAUGGUUAGACUCGUCCCUACCAUAGGAAUGUGGAGUGUACACCGCUGACUUGGAGCUGCAGACUCUAGACAGGAGACGAUUGCCCCCCCCCCACGUUUAACUUUUUUCGCACCGUAUGUAGCCAACCGUGCUAAUCAGAGGUGCGGGGGGAAGGACCACAAACUAAACACAACAGCAAACAGUUCUACAGAAAUUAGUUUUCAGUCGAGAUGAUUUAAAAGGGCAUAGCUCCAGUGGCUUCCUAAUAUCGUAAGGAAGAGCGUUCCAGACGGCCGCAGAAGCGCAUCUGAAAGCGCGCGAUGAGGUGACCGUCUUUGUAUGAUGGCCAGCCAAAUUCCGCCGCUGCUGCUGCUUCUACGAGGAUGACCGGAGGUCACCAGCACAGCAGUGGUGCAAGCAAUAACUUGUAUGACUGUACCGUUACCUUUAUCUCCUUUAUCGUCUUGAAGGGAGGAAGCGUGUGAGUGGGAGAAGAACGAGCCCAAUUGACCUCUUAGUUCAGUUGACCUCGGUGCGACGACGCGCGUCGCAGCCCCAGAAGAUUUGGGGUCACCGGUGAUGCGGUUACCACGUAGAUCCGGCAUCACCGCGCCGCUCGCGCCAUCACUGACCACGAUCGCCACUCUCACCGGCGGCUAAAUUUAACCAAGCAUUUCAUUAGUACGCCGGCAUGUUGAUACGUUAAUUGGACAUUCGGCUUCAUUUAAAGGGGUAGAAUAAACACACACAAACAGCGGGCCUUUCAUUAUUCACGUGUACCCAACUUUAGCAUUGUUAACAAGGUGGGGGGGGGGGGGGCGCAUUAAAACCGCGGAUGUUCGACCAGAGCUGCCGUUCAACGCGACGGUAAAACCCCCACCACGACCAGCGUCGAUCCCAGAGUCGUUCAGAGCGGCUGCGACGUAGCUAACGAAUCGCGACCUCCGCCAGCGGCAACGUUUCGUUGGUCACAGCCCCCCGGCCCCCCCCCCCCCCCCCCGCGGCUGUGAAUGCAGCAUUGCGAGUUCAACGUUGUUCACUGCGGUUGCCCAAAUUUUUUUUUUAUCCAACCACUGCCGUUUGCAAUUUGGAGGAUUGUUUAACGGGCUGAUAAUAUGGACAACAGUCGUGAUUCACCAGGACCAGAGAUUCCUUUUGGAAGCCACCACAACCCCCGAUAACAAACAAUAUUCACCAGCUGCCCCCCCCACCGUCCAAAACACAUUCACAAAUAUAAGUCCCCUCCCUGUCCACACCAUGCAUGUGUUUGGGGGGUUUCGCGUACGCACGCACGCACGUUCUGUUCGUAGCACCGCUGUUUGUGUCUUCGAGUGGAGGGGGGCGGUGAGGGUGGGGAGGGUGACGUGCCCGUUUGUGUUCGGAGCUGCUCGUGGGCUCGUUUGCAGGCCCGCUCGGUGUGCGCGCAAUGCCCAUGGGGGUCACGAGGCCGUUGCGUUCCUGAGGCUGCGCGUGGUCGGGGCCCCACGUUACCGACCACGUGGGGAGGGUGGGAGCGAGAAUAGCAGAUUCACGUUCCAGUGAAACUAAAACACACCUUGGCGUUUUCUUUUUUGCCCGACCGUUGGUAAAUGGAGACGUUGGCGUGGUUCUGCCACUGUCCUCCGACGCAUGGAUCGAUCCCUAAGUAUGAAAGAGCUGUUGAAGUGGCGCGCGAGGCUGCGUUGCACACAUGCCUUUCUGGUCGCAGUGGAUGACUGCCAGCGCAUGCACAUGCUGCUUGUACGAGUGUCCCACGACCCUCUACCCCCCCCUCUUGGCAAAGCUUGAUGCAUUUAGUUCCCCACGGCACUUCCUCCCACUGGCUGGCUCUUUGUGUGUGUGGGCACCAUGGUGGCGAGAUGUUAACUACCUCGCCCGGUAUACAUGAGAUCAAUGGUUCGAUCCCGACCCUGACGCUGUAUAUUUGGAGUCUGCGUGUCUCUCUCCCUGUGGUCGAGUGGAUUUUUCUCCUGGUCCUCCAGUUUCUCCCUCCACAUUUAGGGACGUUCAUUUAGGGUAUUUGGCCGCUAUAUAUUUCCACGAUUUGAGCCACUUUGUUGAGCUAUCAAUUGUAGAGCCAUACAGCUCAGUGGGCCUUACCUGGUAAAAUAAAAAAAAAUGUGUUAAUAGUUUUGAGUUUGAACCUACCCUUUAAAGUUGUUUCGUUCAUGCCUGACGUAUAGGAAAUAUAUAAUUUGCUUUUGAAUGAAAAUAAAUAUCCGUAAAACUUUAUCGUCGAAGAGUCACGACGGGAGUGGCAGCCGAGGCGUGGAACGCGACCCAGAGAGGACGUCCACCGAGAAGAUGGAGCGAUGAAAUCAAUGCCGGGUCGAUCGCAGGAUCGUCAGAUAUUGCGGCGACUUUGGGGGGAGGCCUUCAUCCAGCAGUGGAUCGGCCAAAAGCUGGCGAUGAUCAUGGCGAUGAUCAUGGUGAUGAGCCAGAGACGAAAUAUCGGUCCAUUAAUUUAGCAAGGAGUUUAUCCAUGAACAUUUCAUAAACGAUCUUAAUUUUGGCCCAGAUGUUCCGCACACAAAUCAACCAGGCUUGCCGACAGCAAAGUGCGUCCGCACGAAAUCGUUUGCAUAUCAGUGUCUGCGCGUGUGUGUGCAGAUGUGCCUGUGUGCGUCUUUCCCGUGAGGCCGCCUGAGUAUGCUGCCCCCAUGUUUGAGUAAAACUGCUGCGGACGUGUCUGUCUGCGCCUGCGAAUGAAUGUAACGAUUGCGUAUGCAAAGUGCGGUUGUUGUGCAUGUGUGUGCCUGUGUUUUUUGGCGACGAAGAUUGGGUAUACGAGUGUAGCGGUUGUGUAAACGCACGCACGCAUGCACGCAACCCACGAGUAACGCUACUCGCGCUCGCGGUGGAUUCACACUGGAUCUUUGAACGCACAGAGCGUAAUUGCCACCUCGGUGACAUCACGAUGGGGUGGCAGGGUGAAAUUCACAUCGAUUAACAACUGGCAGGGACCGAUCGAGGUGUGGGCGGCCGAGGGCUCCGAAAGUAAAAUCGUCGCUCACGCUCCAAUCGCGUAACGCGCCACCUGUCCGAACGCUCGGUGCCACCCACGUUGCCCGCGGGUUAAUUUCGUGGGUGACCCGAGGUGGUGGCAAAGUAACACGUCGCAACACGUUUGAUGCGAGUGCCCGAAUGUCCAGUGUGAAGUCGACCUCGACUCUCGACCCGCUGCCAAUUGUUUGCGAGCGGCACACCGACGCGCGUCAUUGUGCGCACGCCUUGCUCCUCGUGAACGCGCGCAAAUGUCCGGAAGGGACCUUUUUGUUAUUAAUAUUUUUUUUUGUACGCUGCGGUUUUUGUUGUUUUGCUUCUCUAGCCCCCCCCCCCCCCCGCCGCUCCUCUUCUUCUUGAGAUACCGUCGCACAGAGCGAGCGGGGACGUUUUCGAGAUGUCAAAAUGUAUGCACCGCUGCGAUCCCCCCCCCACCCCCCGUGAAAUCGUACAAACGUUGUUCAUUUCAGGGCAGGGCCCGUGCCCCCCACCACCGAAACGUCGGCAUAACCACAAGUCCGCACAAAAAAAAAAGUUUACUCCCCCCAGGGCCUGCUUAUGACGGGGUGCAGGCCCCGCUAACCUUUUGAUUAGACGCCCGUUUGUCUCGGUAGAGUGCCCACUUAGUAUUUAGACGUGGAAAAACGAAUAUUAAUAAGGAAUGCUAAUUAGAAUUGUACACCUACGUACACCAUUUAUGCAAAGUUUUGAAUAUACUUGGUGGCCGUAUGUCCACCUCGAAGCUCGCACGCAUUUGUAUUGCAGCCAUCCGGCGUUGGCACGAUAACGAUCCAAUGCUCGUUAUUUUUUAAUAAGCAAAAAAAUGUAAACACCCUUUCUAGAUAAAAACGUCAUGACGUUGGUCGCUAAAAUUCAGGUCACUAAUGGCAGUAAUUCACUCUGCUGCAGUCAUUUUUGAGAGAGAAACUCAAAAUAUUUCAAGGUUACGGAUUUCCCCCCGACACCCGGUUUGAAUGCAAUGUUUUCAUACGUCGUUAACGACUCGGAUACAAUACCGAGUACUCGGGUCGGCUUUUCACUCGACAAAUGGCAUAUUAUUUUGAUGGGAUUUUAUUUCAUGUUCUUCAACAAAGAUGCUACCAAGUCCUCUAUUUUCUCCCGUAAUUAAGCAAUGUACUAGUAGCUUGGUAAGUCGACAUUUAUAACUGGGGAGAAUUUCAAACACUUUGUUGUUACCGUUGUCGGUUUGUGUCUGCAAGCAAACCCUUAAACAAACAAGGCAGCAGGUCUGUUGUUAGAAUAAUGACAUAUUCGAACGUUGUUCUCGGAGUGAAAAUGGCCUCGUGUUUUGAUUUUGCCUUACGGCAGAUGAACUCGUUUUGUUGAGCGGGCAAGCUCAGAUGGUAUUGCAGUGACGGUCAUUUUAAAUGUAGAUGGUUGUGGACUGCCAUGAAGAUACGUUCACUGCGUAUCAGAUGAAGUCUUGAAGCAUUUUCACGAUGUGGUAUUUGUUUUCAGUUUCUGCGAUUGGAAUAACCAGUAUAAAUGCACAUUUUUGGGCAAAACCUACAUGGCAGACUGGGGCAUUAACUCGUCAGUAACCAGACCUCUGACCUUUUGAGUAAUAUUGUGAUACUUUGUCUGAAGGGAAAGCCCACAGACCGGCGUGGUUAAAUAUGGUAAAAUAAAAAUGUACGAACCCACUGCGUGGGGAGGGUCUUCUUCCAUCCAGCAGUGGAUUGCCAGAAGGGCUGUUCCAUGUACACACAAAGAUUACCAAAUCCAGUGCCCUCUGCCUGAAAAGGAAUAACACCUUGCCAGGUGUUGAUGGUAGGAGUAUGCAAGAGGUUGGUGAUGCUCCAUCCCAUCUGUUCAGGCCGAAGGAGGAAUGUUUUCAACCAAUUCUUUGUUUAGCUUCCUGUAACCCUUGACCUCAACCUACUUUUGGGUCAACCUCUUGGGCUGGGGUCAAGGGUUACAGGAUGCUAAGAGGUAGAGGUGGGAUUUUUUUAAAACAAAAAUGGUGGGAAAUUGAUACAAUUAAGCAUCGAUUUCAGCAGGGCUUCAUGAAUUACAAAAUUAUGGGACGUGUGGACAAUGGCAGCCAAACUGAGCCUUGAUGUCAGUCACGUCCAGUGGUGAAUGUUGAACUCUGCGAUUUCCCAACCAUCAAUAUCUCCCUCCUUGUCGACGUGCGACCACAUGAUUGUGCACGGCCCAAACCCAGCAAGACACCGCCCCCAGCGCCAGUGUUGACGGGGUCUCCCGAUCAGUGCGAGCAACGCUGCGGAAAUCACAACCUGAUGAAAUUGCGCAUUUAUGGUGCUCCGUUCCAAGAAGAGAAUUCGAUUUUUUUUAUUAUUAUAAUGGCUUUGAAACAGUUGAAGAUACAUCGUGAGAAAUUUUUUUUAUUUCACCGGUGUUUAUUAUUUUUAAGGCUUAGCAAACUUAAGCGAGAGGGCGAUGCCACCAGACUUUACGGAAUGCAAACAAAAACUUGUCCAACUUUAGACAAACACAUGUUCACGAUUGUGUUGAUAUUUCGUGCUGUAAUUAAAUGCUCGCUCCCCCCCCCUCAUUGCAUAUUUACUCAAAACACAAUGGUAUUUUUUUCGUAAGUUGGCUACGGCUUCUUAUUUAAUUUUUAAAAUCGCGAAGGCAUAUCGGUUGCUUUUUUUCAAACAAAGAAAACUGUCUUGAACAGUUUUUUUGAAUUGUCAAUUUUUACCCUAAAAAAAUCCAUGUUAUAACAUUAACUUUAGAGCUCCCGAUUUAAAAAAAAUUUGUCUGCUGUGGAGCGGUGUUUUUUUUGUCCUUAGUUCUUUUUUUAACGAGAGAAGUUGCUGUUUUACUGUACAGUUUAAGUGCAAUAGCAGAACGUCCGAGGAGCAAGGGAACAGCCAUCCGCAGGCGAUUUUAUGCAAUCGCUCAGCAACUAACAACAACACGUUUUGUUGAUUAACCUUGGUACAUUUGUCAACUAGUUUUACUGCAAAGGGCAGAAAGGCAGUGGGGUGGGGAGGUCUAUUCAGUUUUUGAAAAUAAAGACAAUUCCAUAAUG